GCCCCGGCAGCCGUCAUGUCCCGCUCGGUCAGCUUCAGCUCUCGCUCCGUGGCCCUGCCAGGGGUCAGCCAAGUGAGGGUCAGCAGCGUCUCGUCCGGCCGCGGGCUGGGAGGGGGCUCGGGGCUGAGCCGGGCAGGGGGCUUCGGCAGCUCCAGCCUCUACAGCCUGGGCUCCGGCGGCAAGAGGAUCGCCCUGGGAGGGGGCAGCUCCUACAGCGUCCGCUCCAGCUACGGGGGGCUGGGGCUGGGGGGCGGCCUCGGCCCGGCGGGGGGGAUCCAGGAGGUGACCAUCAACCAGAGCCUCCUGACCCCCCUCAACCUGGAGAUCGACCCCAACAUCCAGCGGGUGCGCAAGGAGGAGAAGGAGCAGAUCAAGAGCCUCAACAACAGGUUCGCCUCCUUCAUCGACAAGGUGCGCUUCCUGGAGCAGCAGAACAAGAUGCUGGAGACCAAAUGGAGCCUCCUCCAGGACCAGAAGACCUCCAGGAGCAACAUAGGGCCCAUGUUUGAGGCCUACAUCUCCAACCUGAGGAGGCAGCUGGACGCCCUGCUGGGGGACAAGGGGCGGCUGGAGGGGGAGCUGAAGACCAUGCAGGACCUGGUGGAGGACUUCAAGACCAAGUACGAGGAUGAGAUCAACAAGCGCACGGCGGCGGAGAACGAGUUCGUGGUGCUGAAGAAGGACGUGGAUGCUGCCUACAUGAACAAAGUGGAGCUGGAGGCCAAGGUGGAUGCCCUGACCGACGAGAUCAACUUCCUGAGGUCCCUCUACGAGGCGGAGCUGCAGGAGCUGCAGGCUCAGGUCUCUGACACCUCUGUGGUGCUCUCCAUGGACAACAGCAGGAACCUGGACCUGGACAGCAUCAUCGCCGAGGUGAAGGCUCAGUACGAGGAGGUGGCCAACCGCAGCCGCGCCGAGGCCGAGUCCUGGUACCAGAGCAAGUACGAGGCCCUGCAGGUGACGGCCGGGAAGCACGGAGACGACCUCCGGAACACCAAGAACGAGAUCACCGAAAUCAACCGAAUGAUCCAGAGGCUGCAGGGGGAGAUCGAGGGGGCCAAGGCCCAGCGUGCCAAGCUGGAGGCUUCCAUCGCUGAGGCCGAGGAGCGCGGGGAGCUGGCAGUCAAGGACGCCAAGGCCAAGCUGGCAGAGCUGGAGGCUGCCCUGCAGAAGGCCAAGCAGGACAUGGCCAGGCAGCUGAGGGAGUACCAGGAGCUGAUGAACGUCAAGCUGGCCCUGGACAUCGAGAUUGCAACCUACAGGAAGCUGCUGGAGGGAGAGGAGAGCAGGCUGGCUGGAGAUGGAGUUGGCAACGUCAACAUCUCUGUGGUCAGCUCCAGCGGGGCAGGAAGCUACGGCAGCUCCGGCGGACUCCUGGCAGGAGGCAUCGGAGGAGGCCUGAGCCUGGGGGCAGGGAUGGGCAGCGGGGCCCUGGGCUUCACCUCGGGGGGCAGCUCCAAGUCCUACACCAUCACCACCACCUCCUCCAGCAGGAGAAGCAUCAGGAAGUAACCACAGGGAGGGCA